GCUCUCACCUUUAGUGUCUCCACACUGCCACACACACACAAUCACACACACAGAAGUUUGACAGUUUGCGUUAUAGGCUGCCUUCAGCAACGGGCGUACGUCCGCGCUCGCCGUCUCGGCACCUACACUUUUGCUCCCUGUUUUUUUUUAUUAUUAUUAUUAUUUAAAAAGAAUUACUUUUGUUCUUAUGUUUUAGUUUUAGUCUGGUCCAAAUAACGCUCCUCGUGUUCGUAAACGGGAGUAUCUCAUCUAUGGUCCGCGCGUUUUGUUACCUUUUUUCGUUUUCCAGUGAAUAAUAGGAUACCGGCUGGUUUUGAUAGUGGAAAUUAGGACUGCAGAGGAAUACGAAUAUGUCCAGGGAUCCGGAAGAGGUGAACAAGCUCACCGAGAGUACGUACAGGAAUGUCAUGGAGCAGUUUAACCCUGGGCUCAGGAACCUGAUCAACCUGGGGAAGAGCUAUGAGAAGUCAGUGGCAGCAAUGACCAUAGCUGGAAAAAUGUAUUUUGAUGCCGUUUCGAAGAUUGGGGAAAAUGCAGCCGUGUCGCCAGUCUCCAGGGAAUUGGGCGUGGUGCUCAUGGAGGUUUCCGAGGUUCAAAAGAAGAUCCACCUUGAGCUGGAGGACAACUUCAAAAGGUUCCACAAGGAGAUCAUCGCCGAGCUGGAACGGAAAACGGAACUGGACGUGAAAUACAUGAAUGCCACUUUCAAAAGGUACCAGACAGAACACAAAGUGAAACAGGACUUUCUGGAGAGGUCGCAUUCGGACCUGAAGAAACUGCGGAGGAAAAGCCAAGGAAAGAAUGCGUCCAAGUAUGAGAGCAAGGAAAACGAGUGCCUGGAGGUGAUCACCGUCCGUCAGAUGGACAUGCAGAAGUUCGUGGCAGAUGGCUGCCGGGAAGCCCUUCUGGAGGAGAAGAGGAGGUUCUGCUUCCUGGUUGACAAGCACUGCAACUUCUCCUACCACAUGUCCACCUUCCACGACAAGGCCAAGGAGAUGCUCUCUGCAAAGCUGCCCAGCUGGCAGGACAAAUGCGGAGAUGCCACCAAGGUCCCAGAAAGUGUGAUGUCUAUGAUUGAAGGUCUCCGCACCCCGCUGUCCACCACACCACAGCCGUCCCCGAAGGUGGACCACCACACCAUGAACAACACAGACACCUUGAUUCCACCCCCAGCCCCAACGCUGAAGGCCCAAACUAGCCCACUGGCUAACAUGUUCCACCAGGAUGAGCCCAAGGCCCCCGUCACAGCAGAGCGCAUCUCUGUGGGCACUCUCUGCCUGGCAGAUAAUAACGAAGAGGGCACGCUGCCCCGGUCUGUGUCCAUGGGCAUGAUCGUGGCCCAGAGGCCCAAGGUGCGAACCAUUUUCCCCCACACGGCCGGCAACAACGACACGCUGCUCAGCUUCGAUGAGGGUGACAUCAUAACAAUCCUCGUCCCGGAGGAGAAGGACGGCUGGCUGUACGGAGAGUUGGAGAAGUCCGGGCGACGGGGUUGGUUUCCCUCAUCCUACUGUCGCCCCUACAUAGAGCCAGUGGUCAAAAACAGCCCCAGCACAGAGGUACCAGCGCCUGUGCAGAACCUGGCCAGCUUUGUGGAGAAAGAGCCAGUCAGCAUGGAGCUCCCUCCGCCAGAUUAUAGCAACUCCCCCACGAAGAGCUCCACGUCGACGCCUUCGCCAGAGAACACGGUGUCUGAAUAUAAUGGUACUUCAAAGCCUCCUUUCCUCAGCGGAGGGAAUCCCUUUGCCACUGUUAAGCUGCGACCAACGGUGACAAACGACAGAUCGGCACCAGUCAUCUAAUGGGCAGAGACCCUGUGCAUUCCACAAGUGUGUGUGUGUGUGUGUGUGUGUGUGUGUGUGUGCGUGUGCGUGCGUGCGUGCGUAAGAGAGACAGGCUGUAAGCUCCACCUCAUGCUCUUCGGCUAACCAGCAUCUCCUCAUCCCCAUCAUGGAAUCUGCAACCUUUUUCCCCUCCCUCUCUGAAGUGCACUGUAACCGGCUGGAGGUCGAGGUGAGAUGAGGGCUUAGCUGAACUGAGAACGAGACGGGCUGCCCUGGAGAACCUGCUGUAGAAGCCCAUUUAUGUCAAAAGUGUUGUGAAGCUCCUGCUACUCACAUUGAGAUGCAGAGACAGUUUAUUUAUACUUUCAAUAUAAUUCACUGCUAUAUUUUAAAUUUUGUUACAAAUGACUGUACACAAGAAUUGCCUUAUAUGGACAAAUAUAUUAGAAAGUGUUAAAUCAAUUUUUUUUUCUUUGAAGAGAAAUGUAUGUUUUAAAUGGAGAAACUGACUUUUUGGUGAGAAUUUCCUGGUAAAGGUUUUUAAUUUGCCAUAGGACGCUAAAUGUGUGUUCUGUAUGGGAUAUGGAAUGAUCUUUUUGCAUUACUUAUUCAUAUAUGUUAAAGGUUGCUAUUGUAUCUAUUAUACAGGUGCAGAUUUUUCUUUGUCAGGUGAGUUCAGUACUUCACCGCUAUUGUUUGUAGUUUUUUUUCCACCAGUUACAAUAUCCUGGCACAUAUAUAUCACAGGAAUACAAGGCUAUCAAUUUUUGUUACAUAUAAAAUAUGCUUCUUGGGGUAAAUGUAGUGUAGGCAAUUUCAUAAAUAAAUCAUACAUAAAGUAUUUCAAAAAUAGUUUUGAUUUCCCUUUUCAAAUACAAAUGCAUUUUUCAUUUGUGGUGAUACAAGAAAACUUGUCAGACUUCUAAAGAAAAACAAACUUCUUUUUGGAUUGAAGGUGCACUCGCUAAUUAUUAAAACAUCAGUUUGACAGUG